AUGAAGUCACGGAUGCGCUACGAUGAUGCCGCUUCGGAAAAAAGCGAGGAAAUUGCCGACACCUGGACUAAGGGACUUCGCAUGGAUCAAAUGAAUCUUCUAUUUGGUGCUGUGGAUGGUCAUGAAAUUGAUUAUGAGGCUCAAGCGAUGAGAGAGAAGAGUCAAGUACAGAUGGUCGAAACGGUUGCUUGA